AUUGCAAAGAGAAGAGCAGUUAGAUCAUCUUAUAAAGAAAACUAAUAUAUUAGUGAAUGAACCUCGUUUGCAACCGUGGUUAGCAAAAAUCCUGAUAACAGAAUUACUUUGGGGAAAGAAGGCCUUGAAAACUGAAUAAAUGGGCCAUUCGUGUGCAGGAAAAUUAAUAACCACAUCUGAUCUCAAAUCUAAGAUAUAUUAAGUCAAUUUCUUUGUAAGAGAAUUAUAUAUCCAGAUUGAUGGUUCUAAUCAUCCGUAACAACCGUAUACUUACUAGCCGACAUCCUAGAAUUAAAAGACUUUUCUCUUAUAUGGAUAAAAAUCAACAAAAAGUAAAUCAAAAAGAAAGUUCGUUUGAUCAGAACAAAGAUCAAGGACCAGUUAUGACUUUUGUAGCUAUAUUGGCGAAAUUGUUCUUAUACAGCAUUGCUAUGUUUACUCUACCAUUUGCUGCAUUUUUUGGAGUACAGCAUAUUAUGAAGGUUGAAUUUCACAUAGAUAGAUUCAUAACAAAUUGCAUUUCUGUGUUUGCUGCAGUAAUUACAGUAAAUUUAAUAAUAGCUUGUUAUGUUUAUCAGGCACUUCAUGAGCCUGACAAUGCUAGUGAAAUAAAAGCAACUGCAGAUCAACCUUCUAAAGAUAGUUUAAAUGAAAAAAUUGAUUAGAUAUUAAAACAAAUGUACUUAUUCUGCAUAUAUAUAUAUAUAUAUAUAUAAGUAUAUAUUU